UUCUUUCUCCGUCACCUCUCUCUCUCUCUCUCCGCCUCCCCGCAACACAACCAUAAAAGUAAGGCAGCUCCUUAAUUAGGGUCUCGCAAUCUCGCCGUAAUCCGCCGCCCGAUCGCUGCACACAGCGGGAAUCCGGCUCCGAUCUUGCCGGGACCAUGGCUUCCGGAAGAUACAUGGCCUAUUCCCCGUCCCCUUCCGCCCCGCACUCCCCUCACAUCUCUGGCAUGCGCUCUGCCGGCAGCGCCCUCGCCGAGCAGGAGAAGUACCUAGCGGAGUUGCUAGCAGAGCGUCAGAAGCUCAGUCCAUUUGUGCCAGUGCUGCCUCACAGCUAUCGCUUGCUUAACCAGGAAAUUUUGCGUAUAACCACACUGUUGGAGAAUGCAUCUCUUUUAGAUCAAACUGGGCUUGAACAUGGUAGCCCACUAAUUACUGGAGGAGUAUUUUCGAAUGGAGGUGCUGCUGAUAUGAAUGGCUGGGCAUCAACAUUUCAAUCUGAAAGAUUGGGAAUAUUACAGCCUUCAUCAGGGAACGGAUGGGUUGUUCCCCCAGGCAGCUCCUCGGGUCUUCUCGUGAAGAAAACAAUUAGAGUGGAUAUACCAGUGGACCACUACCCUAAUUACAACUUUGUUGGUCGGCUCCUUGGUCCUAGAGGAAACUCUCUCAAACGAAUUGAAGCAACUACUGGUUGUCGUGUCCUAAUUAGGGGGAGGGGCAGCAUUAAAGAUCCUACUCGUGAGGAGAUGAUGAGGGGAAAGCCAGGAUAUGAACAUCUGAAUGAGCCCCUUCACAUUCUUGUAGAAGCAGACUUGCCAGUUGAAAUUGUUGAUGCUCGCAUAAUGCAAGCCCGUGAGAUACUCGAAGAUAUGCUUAAGCCUGUGGAUGAGUCCGUGGAUUUCUUUAAGAAGCAGCAGCUACGAGAGCUUGCAAUGCUCAAUGGCACCCUCCGUGACGAUGGCUCUCACACAUCAGGGUCCGUUUCCCCUUUCCAUAACAGCCUUGGCAUGAAGAGAGCCAAGACCAGGGGGUGAACUGAGAUUGUCAUUCAGCUGUGCCUGCAAUUGACGACCAUCUUUCUCCAGACAUUACGGCCAAUUCUCCUUGAAAGAUUGAUCAAACGUUAUGUCCCAGUUGGUGUCAGCUUAAUGCGACUAACACGUGCCUCUGACUAUGGUUGUCUGAAUGUGUCUUUCUGCAGCAGGGGGAAACGGUUCUGGUAUUUGCUUAUAUAUGUGCCCUACUCAGGAAUAUAAAUGUACUUUAAGCUUGAUUUCAGUUUUGUGUGAUUAGAUUACAGUCAGUUUUGAUAACAGUGUGGGGGUGUGUAGAAAAAUCAGUCAGGUCUGUGUAUAAAUAGUGAGUUGAUAUUCCCCAUUAGAAGAUCUUUGUAGGAGUGUGGUGGGCUAUAUGAAUUCUUAAAAGUGUUAUGCUCCUGUAUUUUGCUUGUCAAUGCUAGUGCAUUUGUAUUAA